GGCAAAGGCAACUAGAUUUCUACAGUGAAUUUAUCCAUUUUGUACAUCAGCCCCUGUCUUCCAUCUGUCACCCCACUUUGCCUUGUGGGGAAAAAUGCACUCAUUGAAGGAAUAUUGUGCGAUUAGGGGGGAUAUGCAACUGUAGUUACGUGUUCCAGUUGUAAGCAGCAAAUGCUUUCAUCCAUAUGCUGAUGUAUUCAGGAAAUGUAAACACUUGAAUGUCCCUUUAAAUAUUUUCUGCUGCAAUCUGGCUUUUGAUAAAGAUACUAGCAGAAGAUUGGUGGGAAAGAGGAAUAUAUUAAAAACCUUGCUAUCAAAUUGCAGCACAGAGCUGUUAUCACUCAAUGUGCUCUGCCCUUAAGCUCUUCUGAAAAUUUAACAAGUCAGCGGAAGUACAGGCUGCUUCCCCCAUAAUGAAGAGAUUCCUCUGCCAGCAAACUUCAAGUGAUCCAGGCCUGCUUAGUGUCUGUGCUCUGUGUGACGGUGAUUCAGACUCUGUACAUCAAGAUCAAGCAGGCAGUUCCAGCCCCAGAGAUGAUGAUAACAAAGAAAAUUAUCCCGACAACACUGCUGUCUUAGAAGAAAGGCAGCUGCCUUUGCAAGAUACUCAGCAUCACAAGCAGCAGGCUGUAAUUGACUAUGCUCUAAAGCCUGAAAUGGGUAACUUGAAGCUGAGAAAACCUAAGCCCAUUGCAAAGCUAGAAAAUGGAAAAAGCCAUGAGGAAAGUCAGGAGCUGGAUAUUGCAUUGCCAGGCCCCCCAGAGCGGCAGGGGAAGGCUGGACCCUCAGCUAAUGACUAUGCACAGAAUGUACCUUUAAGAUGCCAGGAAGCAGUCGUGAGAUUUCAACCAAGAAUAGAUCAGAACACAUGCAUUUCACCAAAAGAAGCAACUGAGCAAUUUAACAGCUUAAAUGAGAAUUCUUUGUUGAAGCUACAAGCCCUUGAAACCGAUCUGUGCUCUGCAUUUCUGCCAACCCAGGAAGAAACAUCUCAGCUGCCGGCAUCCAAGGAUCCAGCCCCUUCAUCAGCCCAAACCAGUGUGCAAGCUGAUGGAGCCAGCUGUGGAGAGCCUGUUCCAGCUCACAGAGACUGGCAGAAUGACAUGGACAGCAGCCCACAAGAACAUCACUCCCUAGGGACCAGUCGACUGCUGUAUCACAUUACGGAUGGCGACAAGCCUCUUUUGUCACCACGCUGCUCUAUCUUUAGCCAAAGCCAGAGAUUUAAUCUAGACACAGAGUCUGCCCCUUCUCCACCAAGUGCUCAACCUUUCAUGAUGCCAAGAAGUUCUUCUAGAUGUAACUGUGAAGACUGCAAAGAACCACACACAGUAGCACAACUUACCAAGCAUCUUCAGAGUCUCAAGAGAAAAAUUAGGAAGUAUGAAGAAAAGUUUGAGCAAGAAAGAAAAUACCUGCCUUCUCAUGGUGACAAGACUUCCAAUCCUGAAGUUCUGAAAUGGAUGAAUGAUUUGGCCAAAGGUCGUAAGCAGCUCAAAGAGCUGAAACUAAGAAUGUCAGAAGAGCAAAACUGUACCUCUAGAGCACCCCAAAGAAAUGAUCAUAGUGAAAGCACUGGGACCUCUAAAGAGGCUGGGACACAGGAGGCCACAAGCACGGAACCAGCUCCCUCAGUAGAAGAAACCGUGGACAGUGUAUUGAGAAGAUUAAAGGAGAAAAGACAGCACUUCAAUCUUCCUGAGACUAUUAAGGAUAUGACAAAAAAACAAAUGGCUUUGGAAAAAAUCAGUCUUCAGAAAUGUCUACUAUAUUUUGAGACUAUUCAUGGACAACCUGUAACUAAGCAAGAAAAGAAUCUCAUGAAACCUCUUUACGACAGAUACAGAAUUAUCAAGAAACUUCUUGUAACUCCAUCUUUGAUCACAACAAUUCAGGAGGAGGAAGACUCAGAUGAAGACCAUUCUCAAAGCAGCCAUGAGUUGUCAUUUGGUCCAAUAUCUUGCUUUCCUGUUGACGAGCACCUGUGUUACUCUCAGGAGGAAAGUGAGCCUGCAUAUGUUUCACCCCUGGACGAAAAGAAGGUUUUCAGGCAAACAGCCUUGUCUAUGUCCAAUUUACAUGAGGCAACAAUGCCUGUCCUGCUUGAACAUCUCAGAGAAACAAGAGCAGAUAAGAAAAGGCUUCGCAAAGCUCUGAGGGAGUUUGAGGAACAAUUCUAUAAACAGACAGGAAGAAGUCCCCAAAAAGAAGAUCGGGCGCCAAUGGCUGAGGAAUACACAGAGUACAAGCACACAAAAGCCAAAAUUAGGCUCUUGGAGGUUCUCAUCAGUAAGCAUGAUAUUUCCAAAACGAUUUGAAGUGAAUGUAGUGCUGUGGUAUUGUCCUCUAACAAAAACAACCAACAAAACAAAACACAAGCAAACAAGUAAUGAAACAGAGGAAGCAAUUUUACAGAUCUUGGUCUGCUGCACAAUUGUUUAACAUUGAGAUUUUUUAAUGCACUUUACCAGUUAUACUAGCUGGGAUGAGAGAGGACAGCAAUAUGCAGGAAUAUAAAGCACAGGUGAGUGGACUAUAGUAUAUAUUUUUUUGUUUUGAAAAAAGCCUUGAAAUGCACUGUGAGAACAUUAGAAAUUAAAAGUAUACUGAUGUAAUGUUGAGCCUCGCUUUGACCUGCUCUUAGUUUAAAAAGGUGCGAGGAAAUACUCUCCAGGUUUUUAGUACAUCUUUCUUAGUACACGGUAAUGUACCACACAUUUCUUACCAGAAUUAACUUGCAUGAUAAUUAACUAUUAGUGUUGCUUCUCAAUGUGUAAUUCACUAGAUUAAAAGAAACAAGAGCGUAAAACAAAUGAAGAAAAAAAUCAUGACCAUACUCUAAUCUUUAGAGACAGAGGUGCCAUUCAGUUACAGUAGCUUCAAAGAAAGCUGCAUUCAAAGAACCAGGAUUUUGUCUAAAAUUCUGGGAGUAAAAUAAAGUGAUGCUGCCUAAGCAAAUUAAAUUAAAAAAAAAAAAAAGAAAAGAAAAAGAAAAGGAAGAAUGGAUGGAAUGUGACUGCCAAAUAAAACUAUUGUUUUUUCAGAAAUAAGAGAAAGACUUUUGACAAAACAAAAUAGAUACGGUUUACUGGGAAGAGAUAAAACAAAUGUACUGGCUGCUGUCCUUUUCAAUACAGUUCAUACAACCUGGCUCACCAUACUUAAAGUUCAGUAAAUAGAUCAACUACAUGCUAAUUUUAAUUUCUGUAUUAAACUUUGCACUUUAUUUUGCCUGAUGCUAUAACAAAUAUUUGCUUUUCGAAGUACCAAAGCUCAUUUAGAUGCAUGCACUUUGUAAAAUGUCAAAGUAUUUCUUGUGUUACAGAUUGCUACGUAUAUAUAUAUAUGUAUUAAAAAAAGGCUAGAUAAUUGCAUUAUGCUAAGAUAUUUUGGAUAGAUGAAGUACAUGGCAUAUAACUGCUACGGUUAUCUGAUGAGGAAUGCUAGACUUCUUGUUUACUAAAAGAUGAGAUUAUAUAAGGUUAUUUUUCCAUUGGAAUUAUGUGUCUUUCUUAACUUUCAGAGCACCACACUUUGUAAUAUUAAGAUUUUUUCACUAUUUGUGAUAGACCAUUUGUGCGAAAUGUAGACUAUUAACAGAAGGAUUAUCAAUGGCUUUUAUACUAGAAAUGAAAAGCAGGGAUUCUAGGAAAUAGCUACCCCAGACAUAAAGGAAGGAAGUAUUUAACAAAAAAUAAAAAGAAAAAAGGGGGACUUGAAUAAGUUAAAUCACAUUUGGUAUUUUGCUUUAACUGUCAUUUUGUAUUGCCCCUGUUGUAUAAGCAACCUCUUUUCUAUCUUGUAAGAAGAUUUUCAUUUCAUAAAGUUUCUUAUGUACCACUCGUGUUUGUAUUUACAUUGUAUGUAAUGGCUCGGCAUGAUUUUGAAGACAUACACAUCUUGAAGUAGGUUGGAGGAAAAAGUAGGAAUACUAAAAAAGGAUUUUUUUUUUUAUUUCUCAGAGGUUUGUUGUUUGUUUGAGUGGAGUGACUUAAUUUGUAACAUUUAUGAAUCAGAAAUGGUCUCCUUCAUAAAUCUGUUUUAAUUAAAGUCAUCUAGAGCAACAGGAACAGAUACAGAGCUAUUUGAAGUUUACAAACUACAUCUUUGAUAAGGGAAAAUGAUUUCACGACAUAUGUAUACAAUUGAUAUUAAAAUGUAAUCUAUAUAUUCUAUAUGAUUGUAUAAUAUUUUAUACAACAGUACAAAUAAAAUAUUUUUCUAUUAUA